AUGCAAUCUGAUGGUGGCCUUUGCAAUGUUAAAAAUUUCUUCGGCUCGAAAGCAAUUCUAUCAGGUCCAGCUGGUGGGGUCAUCGGUGUGGCUCUCACUGCUUAUGAUAAAACAACAAAAAGUCCAGUGAUUGGAUUUGAUAUGGGAGGUACCUCGACUGAUGUUUCUCGCUAUUCUGGAGCAUUAGAACACGUUAUGGAGACGACAACUGCUGGUGUUACGAUCCAAGCGCCACAGUUGGACAUCAAUACCGUUGCAGCUGGCGGCGGAUCCAGACUAUUCUUCGACAAUGGGAUCUUUGUGGUUGGUCCAGAAAGCGUUGGUGCUCACCCAGGACCUGUUUGUUACCGAAAAGGAGGCGAAGCCUCGUAUACUGCUAUGAAAGAAGUCACCGAACAAAUCAAUAAGUUUAUCAGAAGUAAUCCAGAUGCCAUACAGAAGGAAUAUUCUGUUGAAGAGGCUGCCCUAGGUUUUGUAAAUGUUGCGAAUGAAGAGAUGUGUCGUCCAAUCAGGGCUAUUACGCAGGCUCGAGGCUAUGACACAUCAGCACACGUACUCGCCUGCUUUGGAGGGGCUGGCGGACAACAUGCGUGUGCCGUCGCCCAGAGUCUAGGUAUUAGUACUGUUCUGAUCCACAAAUAUGCCAGUCUCCUAUCUGCUUAUGGAAUAGCAAUGGCUAGAGUCGGUUAG